CGUCAUGACCACAACUGGUUGGGAGCAAGAGGAUGGUUAUCACAUAGCUACAGUAGACUUAGCAGUUGUGUGUGUGGGUGGAGUGAGCUCUCAUCCUUGUGAGCAACGGGGGAGAAGGGGGAAAAUCAUGUCUUCCAGGAAGGCAGUUACAUAGCAGUAUCCGACUGAAAUUUGUCAAAGAACCUAGUAGCUGAAAUUUAUCUGAGGUUGAUGGUGGUCCAUCAGAUCCUCUUUGGGAACAACAUGGAGGUCGUCAUUUUGGACUGUUGAUGAGGACAUGGGACUCGCUUUGUUAUUGUUCAGCCGUGUUGAUCUCGCAAGUGAACAGCAUCAGAUAGAAAGCAUCAACCAUCACCGAAGACCCAUACCGAAGGUCACUGCAUCUUCUACUUGUGUAAUUCCUUUCUGUGAGAAUGUCUGAAAAAGGCGUAUCGAACCAUGAAACAGUGGAGGAAGCUGGAAAUGAGCAAGAGACUGAAACUUCUCCAUCCUCUCCAGAGACGUGCAUCAUUAGAACUGAAAGCUUGGAGGCAGAAGAGAAAGAGGAUAAAUCAAAUGACACAAAGGCUGACUAUCAAAAACGAGCAAACCAGGGGCAGCAGAGAAAAAGAGCAAAGUCAGGAGCCAAAGGUAAACUCGUGCGGAGUCUUGCUGUUUGUGAAGAGUCAUCUCUGCCUCUGGCAACAGAAGCCACCCAAGAAAAUCAGGAUUCAAUUCAGCUGCAACUCACCAGCUCUCCAAGCUUUCAAGAUGAUGAUAAAAGUAAUAAAGAGGAAUUGGAGAAAGAGAAGGACAAGGAUAAAAACAGAGAGAAAGACAAAACUAGUGAAAAACCUAAAAUAAGAAUGUUGUCGAAAGAUUUUAGUCAAGAGUAUACAGAUUCCACAGGGAUAGACCUGCAUGAAUUUCUCAUUAAUACAUUAAAGAAUAAUCCCAGGGACAGAAUGAUGCUAUUAAAAAUGGAACAGGAACUAAUAGAUUUUAUCAGUGAUAAUAACAAUCACUAUAAGAAAUUCCCUCCAAUGUCAUCAUAUCACCGAAUGUUAGUUCACAGAGUGGCAGCUUAUUUUGGAAUGGAUCAUAAUGUAGAUCAAACCGGAAAAUCCGUUAUAAUCAACAAAACUAGCAAUACUAGAAUACCAGAGCAAAGAUUCUGUGAACACAUAAAAGAUGAGAAGAAUGACGACUCGCAGAAGAGAUUUAUUUUAAAACGAGAUAAUUCUAGUAUGGAUAAAGAUGACAAUCAGGAAAUUUUUAUCUUGCAGCAAAAUAGGAUUCAUCCAUUUAGAGAUGAUAGAAGAAGUAAAUCAAUUGAGGAGAGAGAAGAGGAAUAUCAACGAGUAAGAGAGAGAAUUUUUGCACAAGAUUCCACAUGUUCCUUGGACAGCCUGUAUGUGGAAAACAGCCGGAUCCUAGAGGACUGUAAUACGUUCAAUGACACUCAAAAGAAGAGGCAGCUAUUUAGGGGUAAUAGGGAUGGCACAGGGAAAGCAUCGGGGAGUCGGCAGAGUAGCACAGAGACUGAUAUGAAGUGGACGGAUCAGCGUCCCUGGAGCAGUACUGACUCCGACAGCUCAAAUCGAAACUUGAAACCUCCUGUGACAAAGACAGCCAGUAUCGGCGGCAUAACUGUAUUGACACGUGGUGACAGCACAAACAGCAACAGGAGUACAGGCAAACUCUCCAAAACAGGUAGUUCAGAGUCUUCCAGUAGUGCAGGCUCCUCAGGUUCCCUGUCACGAAACCAUCAGCCAUUGCAGAGCGCUCCUGUCGUCCCUGUACCAGUCAGCUCCACAGGCUCAGUCUCCUACUCAGAUGGAGGAAUGGGUGGACAGGUGGCAUCUGCUAAUACCAGCUACAUUUUGCUUCCUUUGGAAGCUACAGGUAUACCACCCGGCAGUAUUCUGUUGAACCCACACACAGGCCAACCAUUUGUGAAUCCUGAUGGCACACCUGCAAUUUACAAUCCUCCCACCGGCCAGCAGCCAAUUCGCAGUCAGCUCCCUGGACAGCCUCAGCAGUCGCCUGCCUCCCAGACACAGCAGCAGCAACAGAUGGCAAGUCAUCUGGUCCCGCAGCCUGUACAGGCUAUGCAGCCUUCUUCCCAGUCUGUCCAGUAUCCAACGGUUUCUUACCCUCCACAGCAUCUUUUACCAGUUUCACCCUCGCAGCAGUUUCCUGUGCGAGAAGAUUUGGCUUCCCAAUUUAAUCAGAUGAGCUUAAGCCGUCAGUCAUCAGGAGAAGCCCCUGAUCCACCUUCUGGUUCUGUCUAUCCAUCACCCAUCAUGUCUCAGCCACCCCAACAAACUAGCUAUGUCAUGGCAUCACCCAGUCAGCAGCUUCCCCCAGGAAGUUUCACUGGAUCUGCUCCACCUAUGUCUCCACAAGUACUACAGCAACCACAGGGAUACGUGCAGCAGCCACCUGCACAGAUGUCAGUGUAUUACUAUUCCUCUGGCCAGUACCCUACCUCAGCAGCCCAGCAGUUCAGGCCUGUUGCUUCGGUUCAGUACAAUACACAGCGAGGUCAGCAGAUGCCACAGACUACACAACAGACAGGAUUUCAGCCUGUCUUGCCUACUCAGCAGCAAGGAUUCCAAGGCCUAAUGGGAGUGCAACAGUCGCCCCAGAAUCAGAAUCUGUUGAACAAUCAGCAGGGAAAUCAGGUUCAAGGUGUGAUGGUCCAAUAUCCAGCCAUGUCGUCUUAUCAAGUGCCAAUGACCCAGGGUUCUCAAGGGAUGCCUCAACAAUCUUACCAACAACCUAUCAUGCUGCCCAAUCAGUCAGGUCAAGGAACACUUCCAGCCACUGGAAUGCCUGUUUAUUGUAAUGUUAUACCUCCUUCCCCACAGAACAGCCUAAGGUUGGUAGCACCCCACUGUCCCACCAACAAUGUCCCAGUGAUCCCUGCUAACUGCAGAACAAACUGUACAAGUAUGAGCAGCACUGGAUGGCAGGUCAAAUAUUGACACUGGUUCUGUAGUAAGAAAGUGGUAUUGAGACAUAUUACUGGACAUAUUAACUAUGGCCUUCAAAAAAAAAAGGAAAGAGAAAGUCGGUUGAGAAAAUAAAGUGUUAAGUUCUCAGUUGAUCACUGCUGAUAUUCUGUUUAAAAAAAUAAAAUUUUUAAAAAAAAGUUUGCUGGUUACUGGUGCAUUUUAGUCAUGUCUCUGCAAGGGAUGCCUUUGUAGCUAAGCUAGUUGACAUGGAUUCUCUGAGGUAAGACCUCUCCCUACCACUGAGCACCACUGUGUAGAUUGUAAUACCCCGAUACUGAUUAGUUUUGUACUUUGUGUUGAGUUUGUGAAGCUGAAAAGUAUUACAAUUAUUAUAAUAAAUACACAUUGUACCAAAGGUGAACUGGAAAGAAUUGCUGUAUGGAAGGAAUAAUUUAUAUACACUAUAGAGUUUUUUAUGGAUAUAUACUGUAUUGUAGUGUUUAAUCACAAUAAAACUAUUUGACCUCAUGGAUAAAGGUCACAUUUCUACCA